AUGGCCCAGCAAGCAGAUGGUGUCUUCAGCGACGACUGCUUUGACCACAACAAUGGUUGUUCUCCAAAUGAUGAUGAUGAAGACAGUGACUACAGGCAGAAGACAUCUGGCAAGGAAUCCUACAAAGACCGGAGGAGGAAGGCACACACGCAGGCAGAACAGAAACGUAGGGACGCCAUAAAGAAAGGUUAUGAUGACUUGCAGUCAGUUGUCCCCACCUUCCAGCAGCAGUCAGACUUCACUGUGGGGUCACAGAAAAUCAGCAAGGCCACCGUCCUACUGAAAACUAUUGACUACAUCAAGUUCAUGCACACGGAGAGGAAGAAACAACAAGAGGAAGUGUCCACGCUACAACAGAAAAUGAUGGCACUGAAAAUCAUGAAAAAAAAUUAUGAGCACAUCAUCCAGGCAUACCAGGACAAUCCACAGCAGCUGGAUGAGGGGGUGACAGACCAGGUGAAGUUCAGCAUAUUCCAGAACAUCAUGGACUCUCUCUUCCAGUCCUUCAGCUCCUUCAUCUCAGUGUCCAGCUUCCAGGAGCUCUCUGCUUGCAUCUUCAGCUGGCUGGAAAUACACUGCAAGCCCCAGACCCUGCGAGAGUAUGUGCUGGGAUUACUUCAACAGCUGAAGGGCCAGCCCUACUGA